AAGGGAGGUACUUUCUUUGGCUUUGGCUUGCCUUGUCUUUACUGAACAAAUUUGGGUCAAACGAUAACUUUCAGUUAGUGUGUUGUAUGUGAAUUCAUGCGGUGCGAAUUCUUUGUUGGUAGGAUUUACCUAAGGAUGCACUUCAGGAUGCGCUAUUGGAUAACUUUUAUGGGAAGACUUUCUAUACUCUGCUUUCUGUUUCCUUUAACGUCAGAAUAUUCAAAUAAAGAAUUUUACGAUGUGCGAUUGACUCCUCAAAGUAAUCAGAGAUGGGUACGAGGAUCAACAUUUGAUCAAUCGCCUUUUAUUUAUCCAGGGCCAUUUCCGCCUAGAUCAAUAUCUCCGCAUUAUUAUCCAUAUCAACCUCACCAACAAAGAAAUGUUGAGAGAAAUUAUCAACCGUAUCAAUACAGAAAUAUCGACAGACAGUACCAAGGCCUAGAAAACGGAGAUACUGCAGCUGGUAGACAUUUUAAACCCGAAACUAUAUAUAAGAUAACAGAAACUUUAGGAGCUCUUAACACUGUAGGUAGGUAUUUGGUCAACAUGACAAGAGGCGGAGAAAACAGUAACACCAUUUCGUCGGAUGUACCAAGCGCUCUCUAUACUUUAAGUAAAAAUGUGUUGGGUAGGAAUGUUACUGAUACUAUUGCUCCCUUUGUCAGAGAAGCGUUACCUGUGAUUGUUGAUAAUGACGGUGAAGAAAGUAACAACGAUAAAAACUCUAAUAAAAAUAAAAAGUACAAAAAAGACGUCAUCAAUCAAAACAGCAAAAUCGACGACAAAAAAGACGACAACGAUGAUCCAAGAAGUUGUACUACUCCCGAAGGAACCGACGGCUAUUGUGACGAUCUUAGUAAUUGUCCACAACUUCUACUUAAUCUUGGAAACUUGAGGCAAUCACUUUGUUUCAAAAGUCUUUUUGAGCCGGGAGUGUGUUGCCCAAAAACGACAGUAUUGUCACCUGUUACGCAAUCGCCUACAACCACUACUUUUAGGACGCCCACCACAUCACAACCUGUUACUUUUGCAGCAAUUUAUUAUAACACGGAAAAACCGACAGAUGUCAUUUCAGUGGUAACUACAAAGCCGCUCAGUGAAAAUAGCAGUCUUUUGACUAUUCCUAGUCGUUUACCGCCGGUAAUAAAUAAUUUUGUAGAUCCAGAAGACUGUGGUCAGCCAGAAUCUGCAAAAUUUCGAGUAGUAGGGGGAGAAGAAGCUCUACCUGGUAGAUGGCCAUGGAUGGCAGCCAUUUUUCUUCACGGAUCUCAAAGAAGCGAAUUUUGGUGUGGGGGCUCUCUGAUCACAGCGACUCAUAUAUUGACUGCUGCCCAUUGCACCAGAGAUUCUAGACAGAGGCCAUUUGCUGCUCGUCAGUUUACUGUUAGAUUGGGAGAUAUAGAUUUGAAAAGAGAAGAUGAACCAUCGGCACCCGCUACGUUUAAGGUCGCGGAAAUCAGAGCUCAUAAGCAAUUCUCUAGAAUAGGAUUUUACAACGACAUUGCCAUAUUAAAAUUAGAUAAGCCAGCUAGAAAAUCCAAAUAUGUAAUACCAAUUUGCCUGCCUCCUCCGCAAUUAAAAAAUGAAAAAUUUGCUGGUCAAAAAACUACCGUAGUAGGUUGGGGUACUAGAUACUAUGGAGGUAAGGAAAGUACUGUCCAAAGGCAGGCUCUUUUGCCUGUCUGGAGAAACGAAGACUGCAACGAUGCCUAUUUUCAACCUAUUACUUCAAAUUUUAUUUGUGCUGGUUACUCACAAGGGGGCACUGAUGCGUGUCAGGGUGAUUCUGGAGGCCCAUUGAUGACUUCUUGGGAUGCUAGGUGGAUUCAAGUAGGAGUGGUCUCAUUCGGUAACAAAUGUGGAGAGCCAGGUUAUCCAGGAGUCUACACGAGGGUAACAGAAUACUUGGAUUGGAUUGAAGAAAAUACAAGAAAGUAAAAAUACUUGACGGUUUUAUUAAUGCUAUUUAUGCUCAUGUUACC